AUGGGGAUUGAGUGCACCCUCAGCAAGCUGGCAGAUGACACUGAGCUGUGUGGUGCAGUUGGCACAUCUGAGGGAUGGUAUGUCAUCCAGAGGGACCUAGACGAAGUUGAGAGAAUUCAUGAACCAGUGAUCAAAAUAAGACAUCUUGAGCCCUGGAAAAUUGCUCUAAUUGUUAUUGGAACAGCAGUGGCAGCAGCUAUCACCGUUGGUCUUCUAGUUUAUUUUCUGGCAUAUGAUCAGAAGCUGUUCUAUUACAGCAGCAACGUGAAAAUCACCAACAUCCGGUACAAUGACGAGUUGUCCAGACAGGCCUCAGGAAGGUUUAGAGACUUGAGCGAGAGGGUUGAGAGACUGAUCGACAAGACAUUUUACAAUUCCAUUUUAAGGAAAAAAUACAUCCGUUCACGCUUAAUCAGAGUGAGCCCAGAUGCUGACGGUGUGAUGGCAGAGGCUUUGCUCACAUUCUGGUUCUCCUCCACGGAUUCUAGAGAAGCAUUGCGAGAAAGAGUUGAAAGGAUCUUACGGAGGGGCCUGAAAAAAUACAGAGGGCCCCUGAGAAUAAAUGUCAGAUCUUCUACCAUCUCAAAUGUGGAGACGAAAAGAGCAGAAGCCCUCUUCAAUGACAUCUGUGGGCUACGGCAGAACAGAUCAGUCAAGUCGAUGGCAAAAUCGACGUCGCUGCGAAUAGUCGGCGGACUGUCUUCUGCAGAGAGCGGGGACUGGCCCUGGCAGGCCAGCCUGCAGUACAACAACAUCCACCGCUGCGGUGCCACCCUCAUCAGCAACACCUGGCUUGUGUCUGCAGCUCACUGCUUCAGAGACAUGAGUCACCCUCAGAAGUGGACUGCUACUUUUGGAGCACUUUUGAAGCCACCAAGCUUGAAACGAUCAAUCAAGACUAUUAUUAUUCACGAAAGCUACCACUACCCAGAACAUGAUUAUGACAUUGCACUUGUGCAGCUCUCUAAACGAGUUGAGUUUACGACUAGCAUACACCGUGUUUGCCUGCCUGAGCCUUCCCAAACUUUCCCGUACAACACUUACGCUGUCAUCACAGGCUGGGGAGCACUUACCAAUGACGGUCCAGCUCCAAAUGCUCUUCAGGAAGCAACAGUGAAACUUAUCGACUCGAAAACUUGCAACAGAGAAGAAGUGUAUGGCGGGGACAUAACACCCAGGAUGCUGUGUGCAGGAUACUUGGAGGGAGGAGUAGAUGCUUGUCAGGGGGACUCUGGGGGACCACUGGUUACUCCAGACUCUAGAUUGAUGUGGUACCUCGUGGGAAUAGUGAGCUGGGGAGAUGAAUGUGCCAAACCAAAUAAACCUGGAGUUUACACACGAGUGACUUACUUCCGUGACUGGAUUACCACAAAAACUGGCAUCUAA